AUGUCGUCCAAAGCAGUCAACCAUCCGCUGAACACCAAGCAGAAGGAACAGGAUAUCAACCAGAAGCUGCAGCUUUAUGGAAUCUAUCAAGGUAAAUUCAACACAAGUCAUCAUGUUCCAGCUGCUCUCAAAUCCAAGGCCCUCUCGUCGCCGUCCCAGGAGCUGUCUGGUGAAGGCCAGGCCCUCGUGCAGGAUCUUCGGAACGUUAUCGAACAUGUUAAGAAGCUUAUGCUGAGCAAGAAUGAGGGUCAGCUCUUGCAGGAAUUCCUGUGGGAGGCACAGACUGUUUCUUCGGGUGAUACAGAGAAGCCAGGUCUGCCUGUGACGAGGGAUGCGGCCCAACAAGACGGCCAAGAAGCCUUGGAGGGUCUCAAGACCCUUGGAAGACUCCUGAUCACGAAUGUAAACGAUGCUAUGACGCUUGCGCGUGAUAUGGCUGGUGACGUCUCUCAGAAGGCCGCAAACAGGCUGAGACCAUCGGAGGAACAACUUUCCCAGAUUGAUGAGCCAGCUGAAGAGAACGUGUGGCACGAGCAGCCUGAUUUCUCCAAGCACAAGGAAACAUUCAAAUCCCGCUUCAAGAGAAACAAAGACGAGGGUAAGCAGGAAGUCGCUGGUACUGCAGCACAGGCUGCCACCGGUGGCCAAGAGCCUUCAUCAGUCUCCGAUGUCGACGCGCGCGCUGGUGUUGCUGCAGGUGCAGGAAGAGCCCAGGAGAAGAUUUCGGAGAAUGUCCCUGAAGAGGCAAAGAGCCGUACUCGUGAAUACAAGGACAGGACCAAGAGCUACUUGUCAGAAAAGGUGCCCCAAGAGCGACGGGAUCAGACGAUUUGGCGCUUGAAGAAGAUGGUCAUUGAGAUUCAAGGCCAUUCUGAUUACCAACAGGCGAUCCGAACCCUUCUUUCGAUGGCUGAAAAGUAUGGUUCCCAUGGACGGAACUUGUCUCAGCAGGGCGCCGGUUCAGUCCAGGGCUUCCGAAGCGGCGAUAAGAUCCAGAGAAUGGAGGCCAAUCUUCGGACUUUGAUUGAACGUUUUGCCAACCACACGUCCCUGGAUAAUCUAUUCGACUCUCUGGACAACAUCUACCGAGAUGCAGACAGGGACCCUGAGCUGAAAGGAUGGUUCAGAAACAUGGACACCUUCAUCCGGAAAACCCUAACAGAGCAAGGCUAUAUUAUGGAUGAUGAUUGCAAUCGCCAGUGGGACCAACUCACUGAUCAUGGCCGUUACCUCCUGCGUGAGCGCUACAGGGAUCAUACCGAUCGAAUUCUUGAUGAGCUCAAGUUCCUUGGCGAUCAGUUCAACCAGGACCCUCAGAACAAGGCGUUUGGGGAUGCGAUGCAGAAGCUCUUCGAUGACCUUGGACGCGACAACAGCGGCAAUAUGGCCUUCAAGAAGCAUCUCGUCAGGGACAUUCGGGAUGUUAUUCUACCAGAGGUUCUUGAAAAUGUCCGCUAUGUCCCCGUUCCUCGUAUCGAAGUGUCUGAUCCCGCGGCCGAUGUUGUUGUGGAAAACCUCGUGAUUGAGAGCGAUAAUUUGAUGCCGAAUGUCGUGGAAUUUGGCAGCGACAACUACUUCCGAUGGGGACGCAAGAAGAUCAGCAGCAAGAGGGACAACAAGAUUAUGAUUUCGGUGUCUGGAAUCCAAGCCGAUCUCCGAGAUGUGAGCUACUAUAUCAACAGGAAGCAAGGAUUCCCUGCUAUCACGGACACUGGUAUCAUGGAUAUCUUCUUGGGUGGCGAAGGCUUCGGUUUCAAGAUUGCAGCCUCGACUGCCCAAAAAGAAGACCGGCAGAACUUCAUCAAAUUGGACAAGGUGACUGUCAAGAUUGACUCUCUCAACGUCAAAUUGAAGAAGUCGAAGCACAAGACUCUAUUCACGAUUUUCAAGCCAUUGUUGUUCCGAGUUGUCCGUCCAACCCUGGAAAAGGUACUCGAGCAGCAGAUCCGGGACGCUUUUGCCAAGGGAGAUGCCUUUGCCUACGAAAUCCACAGUGAGGCGAAGAAGGCACAGGAAGCUAGUAGCCAGGAUCCCGCAAACGCGCCCAACAUCUACUCCCGCUAUCUCGAUGCCUUCCGUGCCAGAAAUGAGGACAAGAAGCGAAAGGCACAGGAAAUUGCCAAACGAGACACUAAGGUGCAGACGGCUACAACUCUGCAUGAUUCCCUCUUCCCCGAGAUCAAGCUUCCUGGCGGCAUCAGUACUAAGGCCACUGAGUACAAGGAACUCGCGAUGAAGGGUGAACGCUGGGAAUCUCCCAUCUUCAGCAUUGGCAGCGCCUCAGAGUCUUCUGAUAUUCCCAAGGCGGGCGACAUUUCUCGCAAACGGGAAUCCCCUGCCGAAAAGGGUGGUGUUGAUGGAGUAACUAAUGGCGGGGCCACAAACGGCAGAGUUACGAACGUUAAUCAGACAACUGGAGGAGUCACUAAUGGGACUACCGCUAUCACCCAGAAUGAAAAAGUGACCAACGGAGGUGCACAGCCCAUGGAUGGUCGAGUGACCAAUGGCAAGCACGCUGUUUCCGGGACCAAUGGACACACCAAUGGACAUACUAAUGGACAUUCCAAGACAUAUGACCAUGCAGCUGCGUCCCAGAAAUUCUCCGAUGAAGUCAGCCAAGCGUUCAGUGAUGGAAACGUUGGCGGAGGUGCUCGCACCACAGUCCCAGGCGUCGAAACUGCCUUCAACCCCCAGACUGCGUAG